GUGACGUGUUUGUUUGCAGACGGAAGGCCAGUUCGGUACACAAACAACUCCUGAGGAUGCGCUAAUGGAAAAGUAGAAGCUGAAAGAGGGAAAACUCUCUCAGCCAAAGACUCGGUUCUCGCAGCCAUGGCGUCUGAACUCCAUGAAGCGAUUUUUAUGGCCAAGCAAGAGCGACACAAGAAUCUUUUCCUGAACUACAGAAACCUCAACAUUUUCCCUGUGGAGCUCCUCAAAGAUGAAGGGAUGCAGUUCCUGGAGCGUCUCUUCAUGAAGAGAAACUCCCUCACAACACUUCCAGACAAUCUGGCUCAGAAACUUCCCAACCUGAUAGAAUUAUACCUGCACUCAAACAAUAUUGCGAUAAUUCCUCAAGCAAUUGGUAACCUGGGGAAGUUGCAGUCAUUGGACCUGAGUGACAACGCUCUUCAGGUCAUCUGUCCAGAGAUUGGUCAGCUGCGCUCAUUACGACAUCUGCGAUUGGCCAACAAUCAACUGAAAUUUCUCCCGCAAGAGCUGGGCGAUCUCGGAGAGCUGGAGACCCUCGACGUGUCCAUGAACCUCCUGAGGACUCUUCCGGAGCGUCUGCAUCAGUGUCUGUCCCUGCAGUGCCUGACAGCAGACCGCAACCAGCUGCACUGCCUUCCUCGCCAGCUCUGUCUGCUGCCCGACCUCAAUGAGCUCUCCAUGGCUGCCAACUGCCUGACAUCACUGCCCCUGGAUCUGGGGCGCUCCAUGGAGCUGCAGUUUGUCUUUGUGGACAACAACGCUCAUCUGAAGGGACUACCGUCAUAUCUUUAUAACAAAGUCAUCGGCUGCAGUGGAUGUGGUCUAGCUGGGCAGAUCUCUGACGUGAAGCAGCUCUGUCUGACGCUGGGAGAUGUGACUGUUCCUCUGCCCUCUGAACUGAAGACCAUCGGCUCUGAGACGGACCAUGUGUUGCCUCUGGAAGAGCUGGCAUGCAGAGUCCAACAUGCGGCCUACAACAGGACCAGUAAGGAUGUGAAGUUCCUGACACCAUUCCUGUUGCCCAAGAGUCUGCUAGAUGUGGUCCAAUGGCCUCUGGGUCAUUGUCACCGCUGCAGUCAGCCCAUGUUCACCAUCGUCUACCCUAAACUGUUUCCUCUCAGAGAGACUGCACUCGCAGGAGUGCACAAGAGGGCUGACGUCUCACAUACGCCGCUAACCUCACAUCCCUGCUCAUGGUGCUUUCAUCUUCACGAAGGACUUGAAGAAUAUCACAAGAACUGAUACCUGUCUGAGCUUCAGAAACAUUUGACAGCCUACCGUCCUGAAGAUCUUCACGACAGCCAUUAAAGUAUGUCCUCCUCCUUCUGUGUGUAGCAUCUUUUAACAAAAAGACAUUACAUUUCACAAAAGAAUGUGACAAAAGAAAUUAUUAUUACGGUUUGCUGUAACCAAAAAGGUUCAGGCGUUAAUCUGAGGAGGUUUCUUGAGAAGCUUAACAUUUAUUCUGUGUUUU